AUGGGCCACGAUUCAUUGCCCCACAAAGCUCCUCCUCGCCCGCCCGCACCGACACCGCUAGUCCCACCUCAGAAUGCGGGGAUGACCUCGAUGUCGACUCGCCCUCAAUCUCAGCCCAUUCCUAUACCCACAAUGAGGUCAAACCCUGUACCGCCAACUCCUAGGGACGCAACGAGCACCCAACAACCGCCUCUGAUGUACCACCUAAGAGCUCACUCGUCGGAAUCCUUCCGUCAACGCGAUACUGCUCGUGCAUCCGCUUUUUCAAUGUCACCCGAUCCGGCCUCCUACCGUGUGAGAAUUAACAACGGCGCCCCUUCAGCAGCGCUGCAGCCAAGGUCUUCACCCAUACCUUCAAGACCUUUCGGGGGUGCAUCGUCAAUAGCAGACGCGAAAUCUAUCCGGAGCUUGGCGGCAGCAUCAACGAUAUCGCCUGGGGAUGAGGUUCUCAGUUUGAAGGUUCGCUCGCUGUACGAUUCUGGGGUAGGAUUGGGGGGAAGCGAUGCCGAGAGUCAGUUUUCGAAACGGGUAUCCAGUAUCUUGGAAGAGGGUGGGAAAGGGGGAAGUAAGGUUACGCGGAAUAGCUGCGCGGGAAGGAAUUCACAAUCUGGCGAUGAGGCUGAGGGGAGGGUUAGUUUGGCUGCGGCUAAGAUCGAGAGCCCACUGCUUGGUGGGGCGGGGGGGCCGCGUGGUGGUCCGGCAGAGGAGGAGGUCAAACAGAGUGCCGAUAGACCGAACGGUCUUGGGAUCACAUCCAUGGAGAGGAGCGAAUUUCUUUUGGCUGGAGGAACGGAGGACUGGGAGGAUCUUAACGGGGGAGACGUGGACCGGUUUGUUCAGUUCUUUCCCUUCAAGAUCGUUUUCUUUUUGCUUUUCCCCACCCUCCUCCAGCUACCAUACCGGCAUUUUCGCCAAACUGCCAGGAAGACGUCCCAUGCUCCCGGACCUUUUUGAAAUGUUACACUUCUUUUUUGCUUUUUCCCCCAUCCCAUACUCGAUCUUGGACUCUCACUCGGAACUUGUCAUACAUCACGUGAUACACGAACUGACCCUACCAUAUUAAUGCUAAACAGAUACGGCUUCAUUGAUCAGACGUGCGCACCGUCCACACCGAACCCGGCCUUCCCCUCACCAAAUCCCCAGACCAAAUCUCCAGCUUUCGCCCCCCCAAAGCGUAUCUCCACAGCACUACACCUCCAUUCGACGACCCCUCAAAAGAGGGGUCACCACUUACAGGUCAAGCUCUCCCCCUUCACAACAUCUGCAUCAGAGAUGCUGCGUUCACCGCUCCCCGGUGCAACGGCUGCUCUCCACGCGAAGGAGAACAGCAGAGCCAAGAAGUGGCGGGAGAUGGCUGUGAUCCGGAAAAGAGGGGAACGGGGAGAAGAGAGAGGGAAAGGAGGGGGCACAGAAUGGGGAUUCGUCACAGUGGAUUCCAAGUUGAUUAGCAGAACCUGGAAGGGGAUUCCAGAUUGUUGGAGAGCGGCGGCGUGGCAUGCAUUUCUGACGGCGAGUGCCAAGAGGCGGGAAAUUGGGAAGAGCGACACUGAAUUGGUGACGAUAUAUAAUGUUGGUUUUCCCUCCUCCAUUUCUUUUGUUCCUUGGUACUGCGUAGAGGGCCUUGGACUCUGGCGGAGAGUUUUCCACAUUGCUUGGAUGAGACGCUGUGCCGAAGGCUAGGCGAAGAAAGUCGGGUUGGGCUGGACUGGCUCCUCCCUUCAUGAACUACUUGGGGCAGAGGUAUUCUCGGGUGGGGCUCUUCUACAAUAUAUGUUGCUGAAACAGUGGCUGGGAGAAAGUAUUACAUUAGUGGUGUGGUAGUACACACGACAGUCUUCAAAGAGCCUUACCCGGCCUCGCAACUCAUUGUUCUGUCCAGGGGUUAUAUUAUCAGGCCCCUACAUUAUCAAAAUCACAGCAAACCGCCCCAAGUACCGGGUUUCAAUAAAAUUUGACCUAAUUUAACUUUUUGAUUGAAUAUAGGAUUUCAUAGAACGGCCAUCGGCAGAUGACGUCCAGAUAGACUUAGACGUUCCUCGAACAAUAAGUUCCCACAUCAUGUUCCGGCGGCGAUACCGUGGCGGCCAGCGUCUCCUCUUCCGCACCCUUCACGCCCUUUCCCUCUACUUCCCGGAGGUAGGCUACGUUCAGGGAAUGGCGAGUCUGGCGGCAACGCUGUUGUGCUACUACGAUGAGGAGACAACCUUCAUCAUGUUGGUGCGAAUGUUCGAGUUGAGGGGACUGGAGAAGCUUUAUCAGGCCGGAUUCGGUGGAUUGAUGCAAGCCCUAGACGAGUUUGAGGGCAGUUGGAUGAAGGGUGGGCAAAUUAGUCGGCGAUUGGUAAGAUGGAUUCCCCUCUCUCCUUGCAAAUCUCCCUUCCCUUCCUCCUUCGCAAAAAUCAUGCAGGCGAGCCGCCCCCGGAGUUUCAGGACAGGGGUGGUGCAGAAAAGAGUCUGGGGCUUUUUUUUUUUUUUUGUGAACAAGAGAAGAGGAAAAGAAGGGAAGAAAACAAAGGCUGCUACUGCACAAACGGUGGGUGAACGAUUGGUGGUGGUGGAAUGGGACCACUGGGACUGCAAUGGGGGACAGAAUUUUUUUUCCCCUCGCAGUCGUUGAGCUAGGGCCCCGCACCAUCACCAUCAUCACCACCUCACCUCCCUCGUGCGGUAGGGCUCGAGAUCUUCACCACCCCCUUACCUUGAUCCCACUGAUCUAGGCCCUAAAGAAAAGAAGUAAACCAGUAAGGGCGGUGCACAAACCCGCUCAAAAAAAAAAAACCUCCCCCAACCAUCCCCAACGCAGCCCCGAACCAACCAGCCCGCAAACACCCGUCCGGUUACUGUGCAGUGAGAUGGGAAGGCAGAGAAAGUAACUCAAACCAGCUAACACUUACCCACGAAACAGACAAGCCUAGGCGUAACCCCAACCGCAUACGGAACACGUUGGUACCUAACCCUCUUCAACUACUCGAUGCCCUUCGUAGCCCAGCUCCGAGUCUGGGACGUUUUCAUGCUCCUCGGUGAUCCGGACCCAGCCUCCAGUGCCAUCGCCCCUGCCUUCAGUGGGAGUCUGGACGUCUUACACGCAACCAGCUCCGCACUGAUCGACGGGAUGAAGGAGAUCCUGCUCAAGAGUGACUUUGAGGGCUCCAUGAAGGUGCUGACCAGUUGGAUUCCGGUAAAGGACGAGGAGCUGUUGAUGAAGGUGGUU